CAGCCGCCAAAAUAGGUACCCGUCUGCGUGAACAUCGUGAAAAUAAAACCAAUAUGAUUUAUAUUGAUGAUUCAGAGCCGGAAGGUGAAUUGGAACCGGCAUUUCCUUAUCGUGAUGUUCAAAUACAAAGAGAUGUGGAUGCCCAUGAACUGUACGACAUUCUCGGAGAGGUGGGACGUGGCAAAUUCGGUGUCGUCUACAAAUGUCAAGACAAAAGUAAUGGCCUAAAGCUGGCUGCCAAAUUUGUACCCACACCCAAGAAGGAGGAUCGCCGCAAUGUGGAACGGGAGGUGGAGAUCAUGAAUUCGCUGCAGCACCAUUUAAUUACACAGUUGUAUGCCGCAUAUGAAUACAACAAAAUGAUGUGUGUGGUGCAGGAAUUAGUAGAAGGCGGUGAAUUAUUCGAUCGUGUGGUCGACGAUGAAUUUGUCCUCACCGAGAGGGUGUGUGUCGUCUUCAUACGCCAAGUCUGCGAAGCUAUGGAAUUUAUACACCGCAACAAUAUCCUCCACUUGGAUUUGAAACCUGAAAAUAUUUUAUGUCUAACCCAGGAGGGUAACCGCAUUAAAAUCAUAGAUUUUGGUCUGGCACGGAAAUUUGAUCCGAACAAGAAAUUACAGAUCCUUUUCGGUACACCGGAAUUUGUGGCUCCUGAAGUUGUUAACUUUGAUUGCAUCUCCUAUAGCACAGAUAUGUGGAGUGUGGGCGUUAUAACAUAUGUUCUAAUCUCCGGCCUCUCACCGUUUAUGGGAGAAACUGAUAUUGAGACCAUGGCCAAUGUGACAAUUGCCAAAUAUGAUUUUGAGGAUGAAUCCUUUAGCAAUGUUUCACCUGAAUGCAUCGAUUUUAUAUCGAAGCUAUUAGUAAAAGACUUGAAUACCCGCAUGACAGCUGAACAGUGUCUGAAACACAAAUGGCUACAGAGACGCCCCAAGAGUCCACCAAAGGUUUCACCAAAGCCCUUAACCAUACCAGAAGCCUCGCUGAAGGCAACCACACCCUCACCCAUACCGCCCAGCAUUGAUGGGGAUCACAGUUCGGUGGCCAGUAAUGAAACCGAGGAGAGCGAUCCAGUAACGGGGACAAAAGAAUUGGAUACAACAAAAGAUAAUCUGAAAAACUUCAUAGAACGCUGGGAGGAACAUCCGAACAGUCCGUAUGUAUUCGAUGUCGAAGGAAAUGUUAUUGCCCCGCUCAGCGAGACGGAGUACAAAAAGGCUCACGGCCCCGACAGCAUAUCAUCGUCAAGAGUUUGCUCUCCAUCACCCUGCGAGAGCCUUGACACCGUAACCGAUGACGAAUCCUAUUUAUCGGAGUUCAAUAAUAUCGAUGAACCUCCCACACCCAUUAAUGAGUCCCGGGAACAUUUGUUCCCCUCGCCCAGUGGUGCUGCUACCCCGACGCCACAGAGUAUUAAUAUGUCGAAUCCGUUUGGCAGUCGGGUGGAUGAGUUGAAUGGCAGUACCCUGAAUUUGCAGCAACGCUCUCUGAAAUCGUAUCUUCAUACAUUCGAUCGCCGUAAUUCGGAUACGAAUUAUUUGUUGGGUCGUCGUUCGUCAGGAGAGCGGGUCAAUUUGGCCGAUGAAAUUAAAAAGCUAUCCGAUCAUUUGCUGAUGUUGGCCCAGAUUAAUACGAAGUUCAAUAAGGAUGGUAGUGAAAAGGAGAAGGAGGGCGAAGAGGUGGAAAAGAAACCCAAGACAAAGAAGGGUACUGGGGAAAAGAAAAAGUCCCCCAAAACCUCGGAAAGUGAAAAAACGGGAAGCACAAAGGAAAAGGAGGGGAAAGUCAAGACCCCUAAAACUUCCAAUACAACAACAACAACAACUACCUCAAAGAAGACCGCUAUGGAAAAUUCAGUGACCUCCAAUAACAACAAUAACACCACCACGACCACAAGCACCACCAGCAGCUCCACCUCCACAACCUCCACCACCAAUAACUUCUUCAGCAACUUGAACCCCGGUAAAAGCCGAACCAGCAGCCUCUCCUGGCGUCUGCAACAAUCCAUUGAAGAGACACCCAAAUUGAAUACCUCCUCGAAUGGCCCCAGGAAAUCCUCCGUCAGUACCAUGACAACUGGCAAUGCCCAAAAACCCACCUCAGCGGCGGAUCGUUUCCAAGAGGCAGCCAGCAUAAAGCGGGCCAAAUUCCGUAUCAGUCAAAUGAGCCGUGAUGUUCCCGUCGGCCUACCCAAUACCCAUCAGGCGGUGAAUUUGGAAGAGGCCGCCAAUAAUACCAAAGAUUGUCUCCUGCAUCUCCUGGAGAAAUAUAACGAAUCGAAGACCCGCAACCCCUUGGGUAGGCAUCAGAGUAUUGGCGCCAUCGAUUGGAAUGUUAGCGACAAUUUGGAAUAUCGUUCGAUGAGUUCGAUCAAUGCCUUCUUUCAGCGUCACAACAACAGGGGGAAUAUGGUGAAACAAUUGCAGCAGCAGCUACAGGAAAAGACCGGGGGUGCGGCUAAUUGA